AUGCAAUUUUGGUUUCGACUCAUUCUUCUGUGCUGUUUCACUGUGCUUCUACUCGCCACCGACGAACAACUCGAAAAGAGACCAGCACUACUAUCCAGAUACGGUAGAGCGCUCCUAUCACGGUAUGGAAAACGAUCACCGAAAGUUAUCCCUCCUGACAAUGGUGAGUCGGAGUUCUCGACAGUAAAGAUACAAUACAAAUUCUUCUCGGAGAAAAACCUCCGGACACAUUCGUAG